AUGUCUCCUAAGAACGUUGCUGAGCCGGAGGAGAUCACCGGACAGAGCGCCCUUCCCAUUUCUCGAGUCAAGAAGAUCAUCCAGCUUGAUGAUGACAUUGUACAAUGCUCCAACAACGCGACCUUUUUGAUUGCCAUGGCUACUGAGAUGUUCAUCCAGUAUCUCGCCGAGCAGGGGCACAAUGUGGUGAAGUCGGAACGGAAACCGCGCAAGACGGUGCAAUACAAGGACCUCGCUAGCGCAGUCUCGCACAUUGACAACCUCGAAUUCCUCGCCGAUGUGAUCCCCAAGACUACGACAUACAAGCAGUUCAAGGAGAAGAAGGCCAAGGAUGCUGCUAAACACACUGAGAUGGAGAAGGGCCAGCGGACCUUGAAUGGGAACGGCUCGGCGCCCAGCAACACCAAUGGCGCCUCUACUGAAUCUGGCCUACCUCAUACUGAAGCGGCCAUAUCGUCACCAUCGGUUCCUCGCACACCCGUGGUCCCUGUGAGCGCGCUGAUUGCCGACCGAACGGUUGAUUCCUCGGCCCGGAAUGACCCUGAUGUUGAAAUGAAGGAUUAA